AGAAGUUUAAUACAUAUAAGGAGAAGUUUUGAUCUUCAAGCCCAGAUUUAAUAGGGUUUUUGUUUUUCGUCUUGUUUUCAGUUUCUGUGUUGUCAUUUUUCAAAUUUAUCUUAGAGUACUCUCGCUCCCGAUCCGUUCUAGAAACAAUGGGGAACGGAGACGAUAUGCAAUUUGGAGCAGUGCCUGUCAUUGAAGACACAGUUGAGCUGAAGGUUGACCUUGAGACACGUAGAUCUGGAGUUGAGAAUGGAGAUAUGGAUGUCGACAAUAAGGAGGCAGAUGCGGAGAACGUUGAGAUUGACAUGGGCGAGGACUCAGCAAGUGAAGAAGAUGAUGAGUGCACACCUCCAGAUGUUGCCAUGGAUGUGAAUCCCACAUGCGAUGAACUGUGCGCAGAUUCUAACAAAAAGUAUCUGUCUCAGUGUCAGUGUGAUUACAUGACCGAAGAGGAGGAUGAUCCUGACGAUUUGUAUAAACCGGAAGGAACUAUAUACCUUGACAUCGAUGGCUUUAGUCAAUUUUGUGAAGGAUCGUCUGAGACACAACAACGUCUUUCCAAACCCGUAUUUGUUCGAGGUCUUCCAUGGAAAAUCUUAGCAAUUCCUAGGGAUGCCGCCCGAGUGGGAACUGGCACGCGACCGAACAAAGCUCUCGGUUUCUUCCUUCAGUGUAACGGAGAUUCUGAGGCGGUUGCAUGGAACUGUGUUGCAUCAGCUUCACUGAAGGUUCUGUGUCAGGUUGAUGGUUUAGAAGAUCACUCAAGGCGGAUAACUCAUACCUUUUAUCCUAAAGAAAACGACUGGGGAUACUCACAGUUUCUAACUUGCGAUCAUUUGAUGAACCCUGAAAAUGGUUUCAUUAAAGACGACACUAUUCGCUUAGUAGUUCACGUAUCCGCAGAUGCUCCACACGGUGUACAGUGGGACAGUAAGAAACAUACCGGUUACAUUGGGCUGAAAAACCAAGGAGCUACAUGCUAUAUGAAUUCUAUAUUACAGACAUUAUACUUCACUACGAAACUGCGAAACGCUGUGUAUGGCAUGCCUGUAGCGCAGGAUGAUCCGGAAAGUAAUGUAGCUUUGGCGAUGCAGCGCGUAUUCUACGACUUGCAGCAUUCUGACCGGCCGGUUGGAACCAAAAAGCUAACGAAAUCAUUUGGCUGGGACUCACUGGAAACCUUCAUGCAGCACGAUGUACAGGAACUCUGUAGAGUACUACUCGAUAAUCUUGAGAGCAAAAUGAAGAAAUCUUGUGUAGAGGACACAAUCCCAAACCUAUUUCGCGGUGUCAUGAAAUCUUACAUACGCUGUACAAACGUCAACUUUGAAAGUAGCAAGGAAGAGCCGUUCUACGACAUCCAACUGAAUAUCAAAGGAAAGAGCAACAUUAUGCAGUCAUUCCAUGAGUACGUUCAAGUAGAACGGCUAGACGGUGAAAACAAGUACGACGCCGGUGAUUACGGAAUGCAACCAGCUGAAAAAGGAGUGAAGUUCGUAUCCUUUCCGCCAGUUCUUCAUCUGCAGUUGAUGCGCUUUCAAUAUGAUGCCAAUCUUGACGCAAAUGUGAAGAUUAAUGACAAGUUUGCUUUUCCCGAUAAGCUGUGUCUAAACGAAUUUGUGGAAGGUAACGGCGAGGACUACACCUACUCACUACAUGCUGUCCUGGUGCACUCCGGCGAUUUCCACGGAGGUCACUACGUUGUGUUCAUCAACACCGGUCUUAGACCGCCCGGAGAAAAGUACAAGCCCAAGUGGUGCAAAUUCGACGAUGACGUAGUAUCGCGAGCUACAGUUAGGGAGGCUGUGAUGGCUAACUAUGGAGGAGAUGAUGGAGAAUCUACUGGUAGAACAUACACGAACGCUUAUAUGCUUGUUUAUGUGAGACAGACUUGCAUAGAUGAUGUGCUUUGCCAGCAUGAAAAUGUACAAGUUCCUGCACAUUUGGUACAGAGGUUCGAGAAUGAAAGAGAAGAAGAAAAUAAAAAGAAAAAAGAAAAGCAGGAGGCGCACUUGUACACAGAGAUUGUGAUGGUGACAGACGAGCAUCUCGCCAGCUACAAUGGCUUUGAUCUGGUUGAUCCCAAACUCUUGGACGAUUCUGGCUUGCCAAGGGAAAAGAUUGAGAAAGGCAUGACUAUACCACAGUUGUAUGACUAUGUGAAGCAUAAGCUCUUCUCCAGUGAAGAUGAUGUCCCUGCCCGUGAGAUAUUUCGCAUCUGGAAGUUCGAAGAGACUACGUACAAAGAUGAAGGAAGCAUCAUGUCAGCCCUGCCUCGCUUGCGUCCAACAUCACUGAUACCGCACUCUGAAGAGACUCAAGAGAAAACGCUUGAAGCUGUUCUGGAAAACGACCGAAAUCUUCUGUACAUAGAAACAACUGUUUCAAGCUCACUGAGGAGUUACAACGAGAAUUCGGAAAUGCUGAUGUUUCUCAAAUACUACGAUGAGGAAUCACGCUCUCUACGAUACGUCGGUCAUUUUAUUGUCGCCUAUCGUCAGUGCAUGUCAGCGUACACCAGUGAAUGCCUGAAACUCAUCGGACUUCCGGAGGGCACACCUCUGCGCUUUUAUGAGGAAGUUGCGCCUGAUCGUAUCCGAUUGAUAGAGAGCCUUGGCAAACCACUAUGUGCUGACAAUACAGUUGUCGAAGUCAGUGAUGGAGGCUUGUUGAUUGCUGAAAGAGCGGACAGAACGAAUGAGACGAACAACGCAAAGCUGCACCUGGAUACGCUGUAUAACACCAUUGACAUCGAGGCUGUCGCCAAUAACGACUCAUUCGUAUCAAGUCAUGCCGAAAUAGAUCCGCCAAUUAGUGGAACAAUUGGACUGAACUGGACCAUGAGGCAGCUGGUUGACUACAUCGGUAAAGAGAUCAACUACGAUCCCGCAAAGAUUCUUCUGUGGCGAGUUUCACCUUUCAACGAUCGACCAACUCAGUUUCUCACCGAUGCUCAGUGUAAAGUUUUGCGUGUGAAUGGAUUACUUGGAUUGGCAGGUGCCCAGCUUCAUGACCCCAGACGCAACAAAAGGUAUCGUGUUGUUUAUACAAAAAUGCCGAUUCCAAUCGCUGACAUGGAACGGAAGCGACAGAUGAAAAUUCAGAUGAUGGACGAGAAAAUGAACAUCACUGAAAUAACGAUAUUCCCUGAAAAAACGGGUACGGUGCGUGACAUCUUGGAAGAGGCGAAGCGUGAUUUCAAGUUUGCUGCCAACGGCACUGGAAAGCUUAGGCUCGUAUACGUUGGGCAAAGCAGCCAGAGCAUGCGCGCGUACAUGAUUUUCAAGGAGGAAACAUCGGUAAUGGAAGUCUUCCAGAAAACCAUGACGCCGUCCAUGUAUAUGGGCCGCGUUGAAGAGGUUCCGCAGGAUCAACUGGUGGUCAAGAGUAACGAAUAUCUCGUGCCUAUAGCUCAUUUUGAUAAAGAUCCAGGGCGAAUGUUUGGGGUGCCAUUCUUUUUGAAAGUCUCAAACGAUGAGCUAUUGUCAAGCGUUCGCGAGCGUAUCCAAGCUAGAUUGGAUAUUCCGGAUAAGGAAUAUGAGAAGUAUAAAUUCGCGCUCAUCUCGUCCUCAAGAGUUGUGAGAUAUCUGGAUAUGACAUCAACUGGAAGGGUGAAUCUCGCUGAACUUGGACAUACUCAUGUUGCAUCAUUGGCUACGUCGCCGUAUCUUGGCCUUGAUCACAUGAACAAGUCUCGUGGAGCUCGUGGAUCACAUGCUGCAGAGAAAGCUAUAAAGAUUUGCGCGUUCGAUGCAGCGACAUUAGGGCAUAAAAUUCUUCUCACUCAUCCCAUUUCACAAAAAAAUUUCUCACAAGGACGGUUUCUGAUCUGGUUGUAUAGUCAUUUCCAAAGUUCGAUGGCCCUCGAUAACCAGAGUGAUACUAUCGGGUUGAGAAUGUCACCGCUUUCCGAUGAAACCCUUUUGCAAUUUUGUGAAAAAAAAUUCAACCUCGUCUAUACUCAGCGUCCAUAUUUUUACAUCUUCGCACUCAUCUUGUACGCCAUCAUCGGUGAAACAUCUUGUACUACAAUAGCGGUUCAGCUUGGUUUGUAGUGUGAGUGGCCGUGUUCUGCACUGAGUCGUGUAAUGAAUCGAGAAUCUUGAAUAGUCUAACGUAAUUGUUAGCUUGUAUGUUGUAAUAUAUACUGUCCAUCUACGUUUCAUAAUUCAUCUUGAAUCUAGUGUUCAUUGACGAGGUGGCCUCACUUGACUGCUUUUCAAUUUGCAACGCGAGCUUUGAUUGUGAAUUACUUGUUCCUUUCUUGACAUUAGUAUAUGAUUUGCCAUUUGCGCUAUUGUCGAUUUAUUGUCUUUAUGUCUAUGUUUGUGAUUGGAAUGGAGUUUGGUACUUUGUUCAUAGAGGUUCCACCAAAAGGAGAGAAAAGAAGUGUCACAUUUAUCUAUGAUCCUGUCAGAGACGGAUAUGCAGAGCAUGGAUUUAAGGGGGCCUAUUAGUGUGUUUGGUGGAUUCCUGCGAUUUUGCUGUGGUAGAAAUUAUCUGCUUUUUCACGUCACAUGCAAGUUCGCCUCGGGCUACCAGAACUAACGCUAUUUCAAGAAAACGUAUGAAUCUGUAUUGCUUUACCACGUAAACGACAUUGGUAAUCACCUAAUCAAUUUUUGUGUAUCACUUGUGUAUGACUUUUACCUUUCUCUAAAUACGAACAUCGUCUGAAUUUGGGAAAUGAUCGUCUGUACCCUUUCAUACCAAUGGUUUGUGCGUGGAUAAUGUAGAUGUUCACUUGUGUUAAAGGCACAGAAUAAAGAAUAGCGG